AUAUAUAUAUAUAUAUAUAUAUAUAUAUAUAUAUAUAUAUAUAUAUAUAUAUAUAUAUAUAUAUAUAUAUAUAUAUAUAUCGGAGUAGAUCAAAUGAGAACGCGAUAACAUAUCUGGACUAUCUAAAUACUAAGAUCUAUGGUUACUAUUAAAUGGGGGAUUUAUGAAAAAUUCUAAAAGUACUGGCAUUUAAGUGUAACAUUUAAAUGGUCAGAAGGGCAUAAUAGGAAUUGCAAUUUUACCUGAUUCCUAUAAUUUCUCACCCUCACCUCUUACCUUUCUUAUUCUCGCUCUCUUUCUCUAGGGUUUCAUAAGAUGCAUCUACUGUGACAACCAUAGCCGACCUUCCCUUGGUCUAAACAACAUAAGAGGAUUCAGAGAAAGAGAAAGAGAGAUGGAGAAUGAAAAAAUGUCCGCUGAUUUAGGUUGUUAGUGGCGAAUAACACAGUAGGAUUCAAAGAGAUAUUGAGAAGGGGAAGUAAAAUUUCGUUUGUGUUCCCCCAUUUGUGCGUUGCUGAUGACGACGAUUUAGCCACAAGGGUCGCCGGAGAAUCGACGCCCUUCUUGUCGCCCUAUUGCUGUCGUCGUUGGUGAGCCUUUACACUCUCUGUCCCUUUGACUUCCACCAUCGCCAAUUCCAUCAAAGGCCAAGAGACCGUCUCGAUUUCUCGUAAGCCCCAGGACUUGCAAUCCCGAUUCAGGGCUUGAAGAAUGACUGCAAAAAUCACGAUUGGUAAUCGCAAUCCGGGGCAUUUUUGUCCGAACCCGAACACAGAGAGGUUGAACGUUGAAGAUAGAAGAGGGGUUUUUACUUUUUACGAUUUGUUGUUAAUCGAUUAUCGAAGUAGAAUGAGCGGCUUUGGAACUGCAGAUUUCUUCUACAAAGAAGCUCAGCAACUUGGUUAUGUUGCUCGCUCGACCUUCAAGGUUGUGCUCCUGGUGCUUGGCUUCAGGUCUCCUUCUUUUGAUCUUUCUGAUGGCUUUAUUGGUUGGUUGGAUCAGAAUUAUAUGGCGAAAGAGGGAAGAAUUAAUUGUAUAAGGCGAGAUCGAUAUGGGGAUUUUUUGACUGAAGGGUUUUUGGGAAUAAGGUUAAGAAUUCUAUGGCGGUGGUUGUGGGUUGAUUCUUGUUGACUCAGACUAGCCGACAUAGAUUCAAGAAGAUGGGUGGGUUCACAAGGAUUAAAGAUUUUUUUAACUGUACAGGGAGGAAAAAGAGCGAGGGCAUUUUUGGAAUAUAUAAGUUUUUUUGAUGAAUUCUACGCCUGGUUUGAUAUGCGAGGUGAUAGGAUUGAAGAGUUUCUUAUGUGGCAGGCCUUAAAUGAAGUUCUUUUUUAUUAUUUUGUCAAUUCUUGGAAGCAGGGGCUUUGUGGUCAUUCUACUAUGAAUUUAUUCAUGUGUAUUCAUUUAUGAAUAACGUUGUAGUUAUGUGUGAAUGGUUGUAUUCAUUUAUGAAUAGCACGUGUAUUCAUUUAUGAUAGAAUGUGUAUUAAUUUAUAAAUAACAGUGUAUUCAUUUGUGAAUUGCAAUG